AUGAGUGUGGAUCAGGCUAUCGACCAGAGCUCCCAGGAUUUCGAGCAGGUCCGAGCCCUUUUCGCGGCCCAAAAAAUAACUUUGAACGGCCGGGCAGAGACAGGUAAGCUAACUCUUGUUAUUUUAUCGAUUGUCUUCCCGUCACGGAAUAGUCACGUGAUUCUGUCGCUAUGAAUAAUAUUUAUGAAACAAAAUCUUGAAAGAAUUUCGAUAAUUUAGGCAUAAAUUAUACAAAUCAAUUAGUUUAGGUAACAUUUCCAAGUACUUCAACCAAGAUAGGGUUACCUGACAAAUCGUGGUGAAUCCCGCCAUUUUAAGGAAUCACUUUCUCUAAAGCCAUAUUAUACUAGGUGAACCUAUGCAAUUGUUCCCAAGACUAGUUCGCGCAAUAAUUACACUAAUUAUAGGUAAUCAGAAUGUUUCCGUGGGAAGUUCGAGAGCCUCGCCUCAGCCACCUCGGAAGCCAACCAACCUACCACCCCUGCCAAGAAAGCCGGCCCUUCUGAAAAGGCCUCCGCUUGCAUCGAAACCGAUUGUAACUGAGGAAAUGGUUUGUGGAACGGUGCGAUCGGUGAAGGACGUGGUUCGGCAGUUCGACAGCCAGCAUAGGUAUGAGCCAAAUAUGCAAACAAAAUGGUCUGCGUCCGCUUCUUUUAUAAUCCGACCAGAAACUGAGGGACGGGGAGGGUAGCUCGCUCUAUAUACCACGUCGGUCUGCUCUAUUUGUUUUGCAGGAGAGGGAACUUACUUUACAGAGUGCUUGGGGAUUCUUCCGGAAUUUAAUGGCCAUGACUUGGGUGGUUUUACCUUAUGUGGUCUAAAGCUAGAAGAUAAAGUCAUAUAAAAGGCAGUGCGUUCGAAGAAGAUGAGUGGAAUUUCUUGUCUUUAGUUCACAGUAUAAAUUAGUUCCUUUUCCUGGAAACGUUGUGUUUUUGUUUUUUCUCAGCUCAGCCCUUUUUUGGGAAUGAUUAUCAGCCCGUUUUCCCAAUUUUGCAAAUUUGAAGUUCAAGUGUAAUUUCCAAGUUUAUUCGAUCAGCGCUCUGCUCGAAAUGACAACUCCCUUCAUGCUUUUUGCACAACUCCUGUCAUCCCUCCUCAUUUCAAUCAAACAUUAUAAAAGACGGCUCUUUUUUAUUAUGUUUAUUUUGUUUUCAGUUAUCUCACCGGGAACAUGAUACCCUCGGUUUCGGUGGAAGACAAGUCUGAUGGACCGAAGGUGGAUUCAGAAGACUCGGAUUCUGAUUAUUCCGAUGAUUUUGCGGACGUUCCGUCCAGGAAGAAUUCAUUUAUUGGCCCAACCAAACAAAUUCAUUCUAGUAUUAUGGAGGAGUUGAAGACGAAGGGGAUCCUUAAGAAGUUGUCUGUUGUCCAGUAAGUUCAUUCGAUUAAAAAGGUGCGUGAUUAUGGCAAAGUUCUUGUUUGGCCAUUUUCAUCUUCCGAUUUAUUUAUGGAAAUCAUGAUUCAUGAAAAAAUCAUUUUUUAUUGUCUCUGAGCAUUUGGUUGUUUGUAUUGGGAUUUUACGGAACAAGAUUGUCAUAACCGUCAAGAAUGUGUUAUUCCUGUAGGAGAUGAUUAAAUAAUUUGAUGAAAAGUUUUUAUAGUGGAUGUUUUCAGACCCAUCCUUCCUCCAGAUGUCGGUCGUAUGCGUCCCCAGAGUUCCAAAGUCAAUCGGGCUGCCCAGAAUUCUUGCAAAAGUGAGCCCCCACCACCUCCGAAGAAGCCGGCUUCUUUCGAUGGGGAGAAAGAAUUUGACCGGCGGUUGACUCAACAAUUCCUAAGUGUAAAUCAGAAGAAACGAAUUGAGUAUGGAAUAGUUUAUUAUUUUUUAAUUGUGAUUUAGAAGCCCCACAUCUCUCGAGAGUUCUCCCAGCACAUCUACGUUAUCCGAAGAUGUUGAUCUUGAAAUUUUUGAAUACAAAGCAGAUGAUGAGAAAGAGGUAUGAAGAUUGUUAGUCUUUAUGGAUCACUAUUUUCUUGUUGAAUGCGUUAUAGUAUCUUUUUGCUUCAACUUUGAUGUUGUUUUAGAGUCGUCGCCUAAAAGAUCUCCAUGGACUGAUCCACGAAUUCUACAAAAUGCAAAAGAAUUAUGUGGAGUUGUUGCGCAAUAUCGCAGUUUACUUCCCAAACUACAUCGAUGGUUUUAUAAGAAGAACGAAUCGGCAAGCUUUAAUACCCCCAUCCGAUGGUCGCCCUCAUGUUUUGGAACGCCUUGCCAGGCAUUUGAACUUGAUAUUGAACGUUCAUCAGGUUUUCUUAACUGAAUUUGGUCAGAAAUAUCAGAAAUGGUAUGUUUUCGUGGUAAUGCGGGUUGAAUUUUGUUACGUUAAUAUUACGUUAUGUCUUGGAUUUUUUUUUAUUGAAGACACCAUGAUUUUAGGGACUCCAGACAGCCAGAUUUUGCAUCUGUCUUCCUUAAAUUAGCUGACUACCUCAAGAUCUGCAGCGAAUUCCUCAAAGAGAAGCAAGGAAUUUGUGAAGAACUGACAAAAGCCCUCGAAGACAACAGAGAUCUUGCUCAUGUUACUAAAUUGUUUGAAGACGAGGUGCUCAAUGCUCAAAAUAAUGCUGAUCAAACCAGUUCCACUUCGUCCUUGGCUUCGUUUACCCCCAGAGGGAUCUCCCUUGUUAUGCAUCUAGAUGGAGUACAUCAGAAUGUAGUUCGGUACAAUCUACUCAUGGAAAGAUACCAAAAAUUACUGCCAUCGGACUCUGAAGAACACGAGAUCGCUGAGAGUAAGCUUUUUUCUGUUUUUGUUUUUAGUAAACUCAAUAUUUGCUAUAAUUAUCUUGGUCAAUGUUUGUCUGGAUGAGUCAUAUAUUUAUAAUAAUUUAUGAACUUUUAUUUUCAGAAGCCCUGAAGAGGUUGAAAGUCGUCUCGGAAACGAUUAAUAUUCGACUGGCGGAUGCUGAUUCGAACCGAAAGAUGAUGGAAUUGCAUCGAAAACUUCAGGGUUGCUUCGAUGUGUUCGCUCCUGGAAGAAGACUGGUGUUCGACUGCAGAUUGAUGAAGCAAAGUCGAAGGGAAUUACAAGAAAGACAUCUCGUUCUGGUAUGUUCGCAUGAGUAAUAUGUUUUUUCUGGUUGAGAACUUUGCUUUAUUAUAAAGUUUUAUUUUAGUUCACGGACUACCUUCUGAUUUGUCGUUACUCCCUUGGAUCCGACUAUUUCGACACUCAACGGAUAUAUAGAAUCCCGGUGGAACAACUUCGAACUCAUGUGGAGGAACAUGCGGACUAUGAGAAGGAAUUCGCUGUCAUAAAUCCAAAGAAGUCUCACAUCUUCCUGUGUAAAUCAAGAUUGGAAAGAGAUCAACUGGUAAAAAGACUGGAUCAAACAAUAAAUGAAUGGAGAAAUGUGCGGAAAAUGAGGAGGCCAAGAACGCAGAUGAAACUCGAUCCUCAGCAAUUGCCAGUCAUUGAAUCUGCAUCCACAACACCCGUCGCAGAAGAGAAGGAAAUAGUAAAAGGUGGGUUAUAGGUUACUAAAUAAUUUAUUUGUUAUAUUUUUGAAGACGCCCUAUGGAUUCCUGACAACAAAGCCACAAAGUGUUUGAUGGCCGGAUGCGAGUCCAAAUUCAGCGUCGUUGUAAGGCGUCAUCAUUGUCGAAAUUGUGGAUGGGUAGGCAUUAUUUGAUAUGAGAAGAACUAUUUGUUUUUAUAGCUAAUCUGCCGUCGUUGCGUUGGCUAUGCUCCAGUCAGAGCGAAAAACUUUGAAUCGGUGAAGGUUUGCCCGGAAUGCUUUGAUCGCCUCUGGCUGGAAUAUCUAAACAUGGAUCUCUUCCCGACGGAGAUGAUCCAACUCUCCAAACCAACACUUCUCACCCAGAUCAUAACCAAACCAGGCAUUACUCUUCAUAACACCAUCAAUUCUGUGUGGAACUACCCGACGGAAGAAAAUGAACCGCCACAAUUCAAUGGAAACGAAGAGUUGGCCAAAACUUUCAAAGCGGAUCCAUUGGAUGACAUUAUUCGAAUCAUGUACGACAAUGGAAGACGCGCGGAAAGACCCAAGGAUCUCUUUAAGCCACCACAAAAUCAGCAUCUAAGAAGGGUUUCGGCACCUACAGCAGAAUCGGAAAAAAAGAUCUUGGCUACCGGUAAAGUGUUUUUAAGAUCGCGAAGAGUUGGAGAGCAAGUCAAAUAUGCCCGAUUCCACCAGAACUUAUUUCUCAACUUUUAUGAUGCUGAAUUCGUAAGUUAACAGAAAGAAAUAUAACGUUGUGUAAAAUGUUGUGUAAAAUUUUGACGAUUUACUAUAAAAUUUCAGGAUGGUCAACCUAUCGAGUCUUAUCUUAUCCACGGCUUCAACUAUAAAGUCGAGGACGCUGACAAUGGUGGAACAAUCUUUACGUUGGAGCAUCAGAAUCAGAUUAAAACCGACCGAAAGUCAAUCAGAAUCGAGUUCCGAAUCGAGAAUCAAAAGGCCGUCGAUCAAUGGCAACAAGCCUUUGAGGACAACCUUCCCAAAACAGUCCAACCUAACCUCUGA